AUGAACAACAACUUUCCGCAUCGUCGUCCACCACCAUUUGCACCAAACGGAUUCAUGACAAUUCCAGUGGAAGUACCUCCAAACCUUUCACCGAUGAGGCGAAUGCUGAUCUACGUCACACCAACCUACCCUGUGGAGAUUCAAGUACCACCGGAAUACCCUCCAAGAACCAUCAUACCAGUUCUAGUGCCAAUUCCACCGGAUGGUUGGAUUCCCCCAAAUGCUCAUGUGAGCAAUCAUAUGCCACAACCCCCAAUGCCAAGGCCGCCACCGCCGCCUCCUCCACCACCUCCUACGUAG